AUGUCAUACAUCGGAGCGGGAGUUGCACCGGGAGGCGCGCAGGCGACGGUGCGCGAGGGCAACAAGCUCAAGGCGCUGUUUGACGCGAACAAGCCUGCCCUGGGCGGCUGGCAGAUGCUUCCAGGGGCGACCAUCUCGAGGCUUCUGGCGCAAUCUGGCGUGGAUUGGGUGCUGGUGGAUUGUGAGCACGGAGGCAUGGACGAUCGCGCCAUGCAUGAGGCAGUUCCCGCCAUUGCGGCACUGGGAGUGUCCCCUAUUGUUAGAAUCCCGGGCAUGGAGCCUUGGAUGGUGAAGCGUGCCUUGGACACUGGAGCUCAUGGUGUCCUUGUCCCGCUCCUGCGUACCGUGAAGGAGGCCGAAGACCUCGUCCAGGCCGCCAAGUUCCCUCCUUGGGGAAAGCGAGGCUUUGGAUCCCCUUAUUCCGCCAAGCAAUUCGGGCCCACCAUCAGCUCUCUCGACUACCUCAACCAGGCCAAUGAGUCUGUUUUGACUAUGGUCCAAAUCGAGACCAAGGAGGCUCUCGAUGCAGUAGAUGAAAUCGCUGCUGUUGAGGGAAUCGAUGUGCUGUUUGUAGGCCCAUUUGAUCUAGGUAACAACAUCGGCCACCGCAUCACUCCCGCAGGCAUCCCCCAAGAACUCGAUGAUGCCCUGGUCAAGAUCCAGGCCGCCGCCAAAAAGGCCGGCAAGAAGAGCGGCAUCUACACACUCAGCCCAGCCCACGCCAAGAAGUGCCAGGAGCAAGGCUUUGACAUGGUCCACGUAGUCACGGACUAUAUGGGCAUCGAGGACAUCGCCAAGCAGUCUCUCACUGAGGCUCGGAGCUAG